UCAGCCAUUCAACAAAAUUGACAACUGUGGCUAACUUUGUUGUUAUGUAGAUCGGUUAUUGUUUAUACCUACAUUAAUGACACAAAUAAUGCUAUUAGUUUUUUAAAACAAUGUUUUCAGAAAAAUGUUCAAUUUGUUUCACAGACAACGAAGUACUUAAGGAUAUUUCUCAACUUGAUGAUGAUAGCUUAACUCUCUCUUUCAAAUUGCAAGCUGUAGUUCCCGAAGUGGAAUGGCUUGUUGAUUACAAAAUUUGUGAAGUUUGUAUAUCAGAAGUUAAAUCAGCAUAUAUAUUUCGAAUAAAAUGCCUGAAAAUCAAGAAUAAUAAAUUAAAAGAUGAAUGCUUUGAAAAGUUUAAAGAUUAUGAUGAUAUUAAAGUAGAUUAUGAUUCUGAUGGGUCAGACUUUGAAGAAGACACUAAAGAAGAAAACCAAUGUUUUAUAUGUUACCACUGCGGGCAUACCAGUUCGUCAAAGGAUGAUUUAAUACAACACAUUCAAGGAUGUCAUCAAAAUGGAGAGAAAGAAUUGCCUAAGUAUAAAAGAAAUACUAUGUGUUCCCAUUGUGGUAGAAAAUUUACAAAACAAUCUUCAAUUGAAGAACAUUCACUUGUAUGUGAUGGAGUCAGACGACACAGAAAAAUUAAAACAGAGUAUCAAUGUAAUACAUGUAAACGAUUCUACAGUUCAGAAAAAAUAUUGAGGUCUCACGAGAAAAAAUGUAGUGUAAAAGAAUUGAAAAUCACAGAUUAUCAAUGUCCAAAAUGCAACGUUUAUUAUAAAAGCGAGAAAACAUUGAUAAACCAUACAAAUAGAGGAUGUAAAAAGGAUGGCAAAGAACCUGCUUAUUUUUGCAAGUGCUGUGAAAAUAUCUUUGAUACAGUAUUAGAUCUGAAAGAUCACAUGUUUAAAGAUCAUGAUAUACUAGAGUUUCGUUGUGAAAAAUGUGACAAGGUUUUUGAUAACAGUGAAGCAUACAAUGCACAUAAAUCCGAACAUAAAAAAUCAAAACGGUUGUUCUCUUGUGAAGUGUGUAGUGAAGAAUUUCAUUAUUUGAAGGAAGUAGUGGAUCAUUGUUUGAAUAAACAUUCAUUAAAACAAAAAUCAAUUAGACCAUACUAUUGUGAUUUGUGUCAAAAAAGAUUUCGGUCGUCUACAAAUUUACAAAAUCACAAACUGUAUCAUGAGGGUAAUAGGUCUCACAUUUGCAGUAUCUGUGGUAAAAGUUUCAUAACUAAGAGCGAUCUUCAUAACCAUGAAAUAACCCAUAAUGAUGACAGAAAUUUUGGGUGUGAUAAAUGUGGUAAAGCAUUUAAAACAAAUAACAAUUUGUGGACACAUUAUCUAAUUGUUCACACAGAUCCUAUGUUAUGGAAAUUUGUCUGUAAACUAUGUGGAAAAAGAUUUCCAUUGAAAUCAAAUUAUGAUCAACAUUUUCGUAGGCAUACUGGACAGAAAGAAUUCAUUUGUCCAUUAUGCAAAAAACAGUUUGCUAGCAAAAGUGAACUGCAAGCACACAUUAGGUGUCAUUCUAAUGUUAAAAGAUAUGUUUGUGAUCACUGUGGAAGAGAUUACAGAAAAAAGAACAGUUUGGACAUCCAUCUUACUAAAGCACAUGGUAUUGGUAAUGCCAAGCUUCCUGUAAGAGAAAAGAAAUAUGCUUGUCAUAUAUGUCCAGGCAGGUUUUAUGAUAGAAAUAAAUUAGCUAGACAUUUGUGUACACAUUCUGGUUUAAAACCAUUUGCCUGCUUUGCAUGUGAUAAAAAAUUUACUGACAAAUCCUAUAUGAAGCAUCAUUUAAAAACAGCCCAUAAUAUUUUUGAGGAUUCGGGUGUUUAUCUUCAAUUACAUAUAUAUUUUAAAAAUGAUUAUUUAAGAAAGAAUGAUCAAAGGCAGAAAUUUAUCUACCUAACGUAUAUAUUUGAAGAUAUGGUUUUUGAAGGAGUAGACGUUUUAACUCAAGAUGUUCAAAAUAACCCACGUUGUCCCCACGGACCAACAAUAUUAUUUUGUAGGACUGUUAAUGGUGUUCCUAGGAAAUAUUUCGCAUGUUCUGCAUGUAGAGACCGAAAACAAUGUAACUUUUUCCUUUGGGAAGAUGAAAGAUCAAAAUUUAACGACAAAUAUUGGUCUGAGGAAUCACAAAAAUUCGUUAAAUUUGUAAAACACCGUGAAAUGUUCAGUACUUUGAACAAAUUUUUAGCCGAUUCUAAUGCAUCUCAAAGAAAUUUUUGUAAUACUUGUAAUAUUCUAUACAAAAAGGGCGACCCAAAACAUAUUAAUCAUUCAGUUCUUAAUGGAUUAACUGAUUAUCAAUUAGCGCAUCCAUCUGAUAUUCUUCCAGCAUUAAAUAAUUCUAAGAAAGAAGCACAAUAUCACUUCUCAAAGUCUUCAGUUCGUGAUAUAAUAACAAUAUUCAAGUGCUUAGGAUUUAAAAAUGUAAUAUGUCUUGGCACUCCCAGAAUUCAUGAACAUAUACAAAGUAAUAAUGAAGAUAUUACUAGCAUUCUUUUAGAUAUAGAUAAGAGAUUUCAUAAUUUUUUUGGUCCAUUAUCUUUCUGCUGGUAUAACAUGUUCAAUAAUCACUUUUUUAUGAAAGAAGCAAAAGGAGUAUUUAGGACAUAUUUGCAGACAAAUCAAGGUAAAAAUAUGGUACUUAUAACAGAUCCACCUUUUGGAGGAAGAACUGAAAUACUUUCAACAACGUUUAAUAGCAUAAAUGCAGAAUAUAAAACUAUUAAUAAACUACAAGAUGAUUUGCCCAUAUUUUGGAUAUAUCCAUAUUAUAUGGAACCACAAAUUUUGAACAGAAUGUCAGAAUUUUGUAUGUUAGAUUACAAAGUUGAAUAUGAAAAUCAUUUGUCAUUUCAGAGUGGACCUAAGGGGCGAAAAAAAGGAUCUCCGGUUAGAAUAUUUACAAAUGUCGAUUCUAGUUUAGUACAAUUACCAUCUCCAAAUUAUAAACACUGUAAUAUUUGUAAUCGAUGGGUUGCAAAUGAGAAUAAACACUGUAAUCAAUGUAAUGCAUGUACUUCAAAAAAUGGGGAUACUUAUGUUCAUUGUGAUAAAUGUAGCCGAUGUGUAAAAUCCACUUGGAAACACUGUAAAACUUGUAAUCGAUGUGCUCAAUUAGUUCACAAAUGUGAACAAAUCAGUUUUGUUAAGGAAUGUUUCAAUUGCAAAAUACCUGGCCACAAAAAAGUUGAUUGUCCUCAAUUGAGAGAAGCAAAACCACAAAAACGAAAAAAUACAAAUAUUAACAAACCCCGAAAGAAAAUGAAGAAGAGUAACACAUGUCACUUUUUAAAAAUCCGGAAUCCUCCGGAUGUUGAGAGGAUGUUCCAGGGAUAGGGUUAUCAAAAAAAUGAACACUGAUGAUUUCCUCAGCGAGCUCUUCCUUCUGUUCCCAGGAUCGAUGAAUUUUCGUCAAAGAAUUGAAAUUGACCAGGAAACGGGUGGCUCCUCUACGAGAAUCCUGUUUCAGCGCCAGAAAUGUCGUUUGUAACACUUGUUACUUUUUAUAAACUUUUUAGAAUUUUAAUAGUACUUAAAUAUAUUUUAUUACAACAAAAGUUACAAUAAAGAUCUUACUGUACAAUAU